UUGUUGUCAUUGUCAAAGUUGUCAAAUGUGUGAAGUGAUUUCAUCGGAACUGAAACAAUGAUUUUCGAAGCUUUCUUAGCUGGUUUUUGGGCAUCUAUUGGCAGUACAUUAGGGAAAAUAUCAGGAACCGAAUCGAUUGUUGGCAAUAGUUACGCAAUAUGGGUAUUACUGUUGACCAUCAUGGUGGUAGUCAACACAUGGGGUUGCAGGCACUAUCUCCGUUCGCUUGAUGCGUGCACCAAUUCAGUCGCACCAACCGUGGUGUCUGCUGCUACAAGUUACAUCUUAUCUGGCCUCAUCGGUAUAUUUCUAUUCGAGGAGGGCGCGUCUAUGACAUGGUGGGCUGGUGCUAUGCUCAUCAUUCUAGGACUGGCCCUAGUGGCACGUCCUCGGAACAAACCUAAAGCUGCAUAGUUUUAUUCGCACACGUAGGGUAGGUAAGGUGAUUAAAGAACAUGAAUACGCGAUAAAAGGUUCGCGAAAAAGAAAUAC